AGCCAACCAAAGCCGACGCUUGCAACCGUUAGCACCAGUGUGUCAUUCCACUAGCUCCACCGACCAUGGAGGCGCUGACGAGCACCAAGGGCCAUCGCAAGUCCAAGUCGGGCGCCAAGGUCAACAAGCAGAAGCGUAAGGCCUUUGAAAAGCAGAAGAAGGAGCAGCCGUCGCUUGCUGAGCAGCGUAAGAACCCCAAAGCCUUCGGAGUGGCCAAAGCUGGGCGUGCACGCAAGACCAUCCAGCGCAAUUUGGACCGUGCGCAUCGUAAGGAAUAUGUGCCGCAACUUAACCGCGCCGAGGAGCUUCCACCGCCCAUUUCGGUGGUCGUCAUGGGCCCUCCAGGCAGCGGUAAGAGCACAGUCAUUCGCUCGCUGGUCAAGCGCUACACGCGCCACAACCUCGUGGAGGUGAAAGGUCCGGUGACUGUAGUGAGCGGCAAGGACCGUCGUAUCACCUUCUUCGAGUGCCCCAACGACCUCAACGCCAUGAUCGACUUGGCUAAGAUCGCAGACUUAGUGCUGCUGCUAGUGGACGCCAGCUUCGGCUUCGAGAUGGAGACAUUCGAGUUCCUUAACAUCCUCCAGGUGGUCGGAUUCCCUAAAGUCAUGGGCAUUCUCACUCAUCUGGACAGUUUUAAGAAGAACAAGAGUCUGCGCAAGACCAAAAAGCGGCUUAAAGCGCGAUUCUGGACGGAAAUUUACCAAGGAGCCAAGUUAUUUUACUUCUCUGGCAUCUCCGCCAACAAGUAUCCGAAAGGAGAGAUCCACAAUUUGUCGCUGUAUAUUUCACGGAUGAAAUUCAGGCCGUUAACGUGGAGGAACUCGCACCCGUAUAUGCUCGCGGAUCGCUUCGAGGACGUCACUGCACCCGAUGAUAUUCAACGUAACCCCAUGGUGGAUCGCAGGGUUACGCUGUAUGGUUACUUGCGUGGAACGCACUUGAAACCAGGCAUGAAGAUGCACAUUGCAGGAGCCGGGGACUUCUUCAUGGACAGCGUCACGGCCAUGCCCGAUCCGUGCAACGUGCCGUCCAGUAAGAAGGGUGCUGAUGGGACAGUGAAGAAGAAACACUUGACUCAGAAGGAUACGCUCCUGUAUGCGCCCAUGUCGGAUGUGGGCAACAUUAUGUACGAUAAGGACGCCAUGUACAUUAACCUGAGUCAGCUCAACUACACCAACCCGGACACAGGUGACGUCGUGCCUGAAGAGCAGGACGUUGAUGGGGAUGAAAGCUCUGGAAGGAGCGGUACGCGUAUCGGGCUGGGCGGAGAAGGGGUCGAGAUGGUGCAGAGCAUGCAGAAGAUGGAUGUGGGUCUGGAUGAACGGCUGAAGGGGGCCAGUCUGUCACUGUUUAAGAACACUGCAGCUAUCCGAGCAGAUGAAGUCGAUAGCGAUGAAGAGGAGAGUGACAGUGACGAGGACGAGGACGAGGAGGACGAUAGUGAGGGUGAACCUAACGUUGGUCAGCCUAAAGAGGCUAUUGUUCGUGACAGUACUGGUCGUAUGCGACGUCGUGCAGUGUUUGACGAGAGUGAGGAGACAGAGGAGGCUGUAAAGACUGGCGACUCGGACAGUGAUGACAGUGACAGUGAAGAAGGAGAAGUUACUGAAGAGCAGUCUCAACUCCGCUGGAAGGAGAACAUGGUGUCUCGUGCUGCCGCCAACUUCUUGGAGCGUGAACAGGCUGACGUGAACCUUAUGGAGCUCGUGUAUGGUGAGCGUCAGAAGCUUCACAUGACGGAGCGUGACUUGGAAAAUGAAGAAGAGCAGAAGAAUGAGAAGCGCUUUAAGAACGAAGACGAUGAUGAUUUCUUCACGUUGAAGCGCAAGUCGAACGCGUUGGGAGAAUCCUCGUCAGCGUCGGAGAAGUACAAUACCAUCAACGCAAUGGACUGCUCGCGUUUGCAUCUUGGCACAGACGACGUGAGUGACUGGACAAUGCCUGAUGUGCUUGAAGGCAUACGCAACCGCUUCGUUACUGGCUCGUGGAAGCGUGUUAACAAGAAGGACGAUGACGAAGAAGAGAACGGAGACGACAGCGCAGACCCGAUGAACGAUGACGAAAUGGACGGAUCGUUCGAAGAUUUGGAAACUGGGGAGGUCCACAACGGCGCAGAUGAUGCCGAGAGCAACGACGAGAGCAAUGAUGAGAGCGAAGAGAACGAAGAAGAGACUGACGAGCAGAUCCGUGAACGUCUUCGUGCUCAGAAAUCCGCCAAGCGAGCAGUAGAAGACGACGACGAUGUGGAGGUUGGAGGCCAAAAGAAGAACAAGGACGAGGAAGACGAAGAGAUGACGGAGGUCAUGGUCGAAGCCAAGCGUCUUCGCGAGGAACAGGCCCAGCGCAACGCCGAGGAAUUCGGUGAAGAAGGUGAGGACAUGCGUCUCCAACUGGAAGGCUUCCGUAAUGGUCUGUACGUGCGCAUCGAGUUCUCGGGUGUUCCUGCCGAGUUCGUGCGCUACUACGACCCCAAGAACCCUAUCGUUGUAGGAGGACUACCCAACAUGGAGGACACUCUGGGUCUUGUACGCAUGCGCUUCAAGAAACAUCGUUGGCACAAGAAGAUCCUCAAGACGAACGACCCGCUGGUGUUUUCUAUCGGUUGGCGUCGAUUCCAGAGCCUGCCGUUGUAUUCCAUUGAAGACACGAACGAGCGUCAUCGGUACUUGAAGUACACACCUGAGCACAUGCAUUGUCACGCGACGAUCUUCGGUCCAAUGUGCCCUCCUAACACUGGCGUGCUGGCCUUCCAGACGCUGUCUAACAACGCUGAAGGCUUCCGUGUCAGCGGUACUGGUGUCGUACUGGAACUGGAUCACAAGUUUAACGUGGUGAAGAAGCUCAAGCUGAUCGGUACUCCCAGUAAGAUCCACAAGAACACGGCCUUUAUUAAGGGUAUGUUCAACACCGAACUGGAAGUAGCCAAGUUCGAAGGAGCCAGUAUUCGCACGGUCAGUGGCGUGCGUGGUCGUAUCAAGAAGGCGCUACGUGGUGAGAAGGGAGACUUCCGUGCUACGUUUGAAGACAAGAUCCUCAAGAGCGAUCUGGUAUUCUGUCGUACGUGGGUGCCUGUGGAGCCUAAGCAGUUGUACAACCCGGUGACGUCUCUACUUACGAAUGAGAAGGGCUCGAAGAAGAGUACGUUGGGACUAAUGAAGACGACGUACGAGCUGCGUAAGGAGCAGAAGCUUGCGGUGCCUGUGAACCCGGACUCGCUGUACAAGCCUAUUGUACGUAAGGAGCGUCAGUUCUCUGCGUUCAAAGUACCCAAGAAACUGCAAGCCAACCUGCCGUUUGCGAGUAAACCCAAGGAAGACAAGAAGAAGGGAGCCAAGAAGGGAUAUCUGGCGAGUCGUGCAGUGGCUUUGGAGCCCGAGGAGAAGAAGAAGUACAGCUUUAUGCUGCGUGUCAACACCGUUCGUCGUGACCGUGAGGCCACGCGUAAGGAGCGUCAGAGUCAUCGUAACGCUGAAAACUUGAAACGUAAACAGCGUGAGGAGAAGCAGUUUGAAGGUGUGCACAAGGCGGAGAAGAAGGCAAAGUACCGAGCUGAGGGUAAGGAGGCAGCGUAUCGUGCGCAAAAGGCGGCGAGAGGGUAAAGUGGCUGCGUCGCUUACAAGGCAUAACAUUCAAUAGAGCAUUAUUUUGCCUAGAAGCUUGUCUAAAAGAUGGUUUUUAUCAAGUAAAUCUAAUGUAGCUGUCACAGGAGCACGCG